AUGCGUGAAAUCGUGCACAUCCAGGCAGGACAAUGUGGAAAUCAAAUUGGCGCUAAGGUAGGUUGAACAGUCACUUAGGUUGGGCAUUAUAUAUAUUUUUUCAUGCAAAACAAGGCAAGCGAAUGCUUAAUUGCAGGACUAGGGACCGAAACUUAGAGGGACAGGACAGUUCGACCAGUAAACUGUACAUGCAAUACAAACAUUAGGCAGCUAAACAGACAAACGUUUUCGCGUCUGACGUAAGGAACUAGAAUUAUCUCUUUUCCGUAACCAUACAGAGGUCUUAUAAAUACUGCUGGCGCUUGCAUGUUUGCAAAGGAUCACAUAUCAAAGUUCACAUGAGCCGGAAAUUGAUUCAUAUGCUUGACAUGAGGUCACCGUGGUACGAUUGGAACCACGGAAUGACCCAUGGUGACUUUCAGCGGGACAAGAAGAACUUCUCAUAUUUUAAAUGCGUCUAUCAUCUAAACGCACCCAUAGUUGGAGACUGGUUUAAAACUGCAUCCAGGCCUGAACAAAGGCCGUAUGUCUGAGGGCUGCGUCUUAUAGUCAGCGCAAACCAGUGAGGUCUGUGAAGGUUAUCCGUCCCAUCCAGGCAAUGGUUAGUCCACAGUGUAGGUGUUCGAGCUAGCGUGUUCAAUGGGCGCCCAGAACACUUGCUUAGGUUUGCAUUUAACACAAAGUGGGGAUUUGCUUCUACUGGCUAGGUAUUACCAACAGGUGAAAGAGCUGAGCGACAACCCUGGCGAAAAACGCAACCCUACCCAUAAUCAUGGCCAUACGACCGCGCAUAAAUCCGAGCAUUUCGUUUAUCGUAAUUGCAGCUCUAGACUAGACCGUUAUUUAUGUUAGAAACGAAAAGACGUAUUUUAGAAGGGCGAUUGGAAGUAAUUAAGUUGUUUGAGUACGUACACGUCCCUGGAUUUACAUCAAUUUCGGCAAAGAUGCUGUCGAGCUGUAUGUAAUAGAAAAAAUGUCACGGAGUAGAAACCGCUCGAGGCUAUCUUAAAACUUAAGCUUGAACUCUUUCAUAAGGAUACCGGCAUUCGGCUUGAACUAACGAGCCCAUUUUAUGAUUGCUGAUGCCAUGUGCAACAGCCUCCUAUUUUUAUCCAAUUUUAAGCCACAGCAUGUUCAAACUUCUAAAUCUUCCACACCAAACAUGAACACGGACCACGUAACUGUUUCCACUUAAGCUGGAUGUAGAUAUGUGCAUCUCCUUCACUUAUAAGCCACUAUUACGAAAAAACUCAACGGAAAUAGUUUCUGAAUUAUCUGAGUGAUGUGUACUAAUUUGUUGCGUGCCAAAAUGCACUAUGUAAUAGUCGGCUUAUGUUGUGUGUUUUUACCAUACUUGCUGGAUAGACGGUAGCUAAAAGCCCAGACACGUGUUUCACCGAUAUUUUAUUGCUGCAUGACAGAGCUGUGAGGGGUUCGAUUCAUCAGUGGGGCCUCCAGCGUUUCCCAUGUGCUUUAUGUUACUACUUUAUCUUAAGUUUGCGUUUGAAUUUCCGAGACGCAUUGAGAACAUAAUAACCACUAGCAACGACUAACGUAUCGCGAAUAUUCACUAUAAAUAAUAUCCAUCGGUCCAGAUACGAACAUCAGGAGAUGACCAGUAGGUAUGUAAAAUCAAUAUUAAAAAGUCUUUCAACCCGAUCACAAUGCACUCGUGUGAUGCGGACGGUGGGGUGAAGCGUUGCGUCCAUUAUGUUAACACGAAAGGGACAAGGUUGUCAAGGGUCGGUUUAUCUGAAUCAUCGGCACAGUGACCCACUGUAAGACCCGAGGGUGGCGACGACGAUCACGUGAGGGCCUGCCAAAGAUGAAGAAGCUACAAUUUAAAAACUGGAGUAUCUAUUAAAAAGCAUACAGGAAACGCUGAAGGGAGAUCUUUUGAUGAGCCGAAGAUCUCACAGCUCUGCCAUACAGUGGCAGAAUAUCUGCAAAACGCGUGUCUGGGCUCGUAACUAGUACCUUUGCUGUCAGUGUGGCAAAAAGAAAAGUUCACCCUCCGCACACACACAACAAUCCCGUGCUGCAUUGUUGUUAACAAAAUCAACAGUUUUGGGAGGUGAUAUCUGAUGAACAUGGGAUCGAGCCGACCGGCAACUACCACGGGGACUCCGAUCUGCAGUUGGAACGCAUCAACGUCUACUACAACGAGGCAACGGGCGGCAAGUACGUGCCUCGGGCAAUCCUCGUGGAUCUGGAGCCCGGUACCAUGGACAGCGUGCGAGCCGGUCCCUUUGGCCAACUCUUUCGACCCGACAACUUCGUCUUCGGCCAGAGCGGGGCUGGCAACAACUGGGCCAAGGGCCACUACACCGAGGGUGCCGAGCUGGUGGAUGCUGUCCUGGAUGUGGUGCGGAAGGAGGCGGAGUGUUGCGACUGUCUGCAGGGUUUCCAGCUGACCCACUCUCUUGGUGGAGGCACGGGUUCCGGAAUGGGCACACUGCUUAUCUCCAAGAUCCGCGAAGAAUACCCCGAUCGUAUUAUGAUGACUUUUUCCGUGGUGCCAUCGCCUAAGGUAAGUACGUGCUCUGUUGAUGUUCCCAUUACCACUGCUGACAUUACUUCGUUGAUGAAGCACAAACCACUCAAAAUUUAAUGAUGAUACAAACGGGUAGGCUAAAUGCGGAAUAGCCGACUUCUUUCUGUCCAUAUUUGCUUGCAUGAUGCCACUUACUUGGCGUAGACAGAUCAACACUAUUACUACUACUACUACUACUACUACUACUACUACUACUACUACUACUACUACUACUACUACUACUACUACUACUACUACUACUACUACUACUACUACUACUACUAUUACUACUGUUACCCCCGUCGCCGCCGACGCCGCCGACGCCGCUGCCGCCACCACUACCACUCGUACUACUAUGGCCACUACUACUGAUACUGUCAUGCCUACUAAGAUUGCCACUAAUAGUAGCGCUAAUAUGACCGUUCUUGGAAUCACUUUGACCACCACCACUCGCAUCCUCCCUGUCCUCAUCUUCCCCAUUCCUCCCACGACCUCCUCCUCCUCCUCCUCCUCCUCAUCACCACCACCACCACCACCACCACCACCACCACCACCACCACCACCAGCAUCAUCAUCAUCAUCAUCGUCAUCAUCAGUGUCAUCAUUUUCAUACUCACCUGGACAGUUGCCCUGAUCAGGACCACUAACAUCGGCAGUGGUGGUAAUAAUUGUCGCAAGGGUAUCAGUGAGAAUUCUGGCAGCCUUGAAGUUCAAAACGUUGCCUUCGUUCUAGUUCCCCGCACGGUCUUCUUCUUGAAUAGCUGUCCGCUUAUGUGCCUGCAGACAGCCAGCGAUAGGGUCGGCAUCUGGAACGUUGGUUGGUAGCCCUGCGGAGACCAUAAUUACUCGAAGUUUUAAUUGAUAUGGAUUUCCCUAUACAAGCGGAACUUCGAGUCUCGAGAAGCAGUUGAGAAGAAGUAGACGCUAUCGCUGGAACAAGAACUUUUUUCACCUGGCUGUCUAGAUUCAUGCACAGACCCAUCACCAGGGGUUGGAGUAUUUAUAGAAAUCAGUCACUAUGCGGCAUGUGGUUGCAUAGCGAUUGCAUCCUAUAAAUGCUGCAACCGCUGGGGCAUGAGUUAUCCAGAUCUGAUCUUAUCUCUGAUGAUGGGUUUGAGCAUGAAUCGUGCACGUUAGGCGAAUAAAGCUCUUGUUCGACCAAUCGCAUCCACUUUACCCGAUCUGGAUUUUUUUUACUUAAGAUGUGUGUCACGGAUAUCAUUUAAACGAGCUUAUGAACAACUCCCAAGCAACCAUGCUGCUAAUCUAGUAAAACAUAUCCAGGGACUGAGAAGACUAGGGUUCCCGUCUGCAGUUCAUUAGCCUCUGACUCUAUUGUCUACUUUAUACCUGACUGAGAAGGUCAGACUUCUUGCAUCGAGCCAACUCAUUUGGGAGAGACAUUAUCCAGCUCACUAGGAACCAAACUUCGAAGUCACGUUUUUAGUUGCGAUUUGACGAUAAGGCGAAUUUGAACUCGGGCUAUGCAUAUGAAGCUCAUCCAGUCCUCAGCCGACCGGACCAACGGCGUCGACAUCUAGGUUCGAUUUCGAGCAAAAUAACAUUUCAGACCAUUUCCCUGUAGAGUCGGCGCGCCAUAUGACCGAGCCAUCCCUGCUAGCGAAUAAGGGACACAGUUGGCCUAGAUAGUUCUCGAGCAACUGCAAAGUGGUUCGCUGAAAACGCGGCAAAACAGACACAUUCGAGAGCACAUCUAAUCGAGGGAUAUCUUCUGGGUGCACGGGCCACGCCUCACAUCACACAUACAGUAGGUAGGCUAACUCAGGAAAUGUCAGCCGAAAUUUCGAAAUGCGUUCCCGCUUUGAAAAGAUUAAUUAAGUAGGGUUGUAAAACUAAUCAUCAUGCAUCAUAAUUCUAUAAUAAUCUGGUUACCUCAGCGUGUAGGCUUUCGAAUGAACUUCUGUCUAACUGCAUGCAAAAACUGUAAUAUGCAAGACAUGACUACUUAAGGAGCAUGCAAUUUUUUCAUUGAUUUUAUGUGCCCUUAAAAAUUCGAUUACAUUUCAUGGAAAACAUGCAUUAAAAUAUUCAUUCCUUUGCUCAUUCGACAGAAAAUUACGUCUUUUUUCAAUUUUACACUCCAAGGAAGAGUAUGAUUCGGUUUUAAAAAAGUUUCUAAUUGUGAGAUUUUGUAAUACCGUGAAAUGGCCCUUCAUAAAUCGUCAUGUUCCUGCAUUUGCCAAUGUGGCUUAUAAAGUUAACAAUAUGGAUCAAAUCCACUGCUAAAUUUUAUGAAGCCUAUAUGGUUCCCCUUAUUACCGUAGAGGAAUGUGUGGCUAUCCGUACGCGGAAAAUAUACGGCUCGUAGUUUGGAAACCCUGAAUCCAAGUAAAACGGUAGAGCGGAUUCAAAAUUAUUGGGGAAUUGAAAAAGUUUUUGAAAACCUAAUUAUACCCUUCUCUCAAGCAAAAAAGUUAAAAGAAGGCGUAAUUAACUACCAAAUGAGCAAAAGAAUGAAUAUUUUUACGCACGUUUUCCAUGAAAUAUAAUUGGACUUUUAGUGGCAUCGAAAAUCAAUGAGAAAAAUUCAUGCUAAAUAUGUAGUCAUUUUUACAGAGUGCAGUUUUUGAAUGCAGCCAGAAGGGAGUUCAUUCGAGAGCCGGUAUCCUGUGGUAACUGAAAUAUUAUAGAAGUAUGUUGCAGGCUGACUAGUUUUACAACCCUACUUACUUAAUCUUUUCGAAACGAAGACGCAUUUCGGAAUUUCGGUUGACAUUUCAUGAGUUAGCCUACCUACUGUAGAUACUUACCAUCCAGUUCAGUGGUUGAGGUCAAGGCGGUUCUGUUACCUUCGGAUGGCGUGAAAUUAGUCAUAAUUUGUGGUUGAGGAACCUGUAUGGGAAAGAAAUUAUGCAUCACAUUCAUUCCUCUUAUUCAAAAUAUGCUGCUUACUCAAAUGGUUCGCCAAUUCAAACUAGGUGUCUGAUACCGUCGUGGAGCCCUAUAACGCCACACUAUCGGUUCACCAGCUGGUGGAGAACACGGAUCAAACCUUUUGCAUCGACAACGAAGCCCUGUACGACAUCUGUUUCCGUACCCUGAAGCUCACCAAUCCCACCUACGGCGAUCUGAAUCAUCUUGUCAGUGCCACAAUGUCCGGUGUGACCACGUGCCUCCGCUUUCCAGGUCAACUGAACGCCGAUCUGCGCAAGCUCUCCGUCAACAUGGUACCUUUUCCCAGACUGCACUUCUUCAUGCCCGGCUUUGCCCCCCUGACGAGUCGUGGCAGCCAACAGUACCGAGCUCUCACUGUGCCCGAGCUGACGCAACAGAUGUUCGACGCGAAGAACAUGAUGGCCGCCUGUGAUCCGCGCCAUGGGCGCUACCUCACCGUGGCUGCCAUCUUUCGCGGUCGCAUGUCCAUGAAGGAGGUGGAUGAGCAGAUGCUGAAUGUGCAGAACAAGAAUUCCUCCUACUUUGUGGAGUGGAUACCAAAUAAUGUGAAGACAGCUGUCUGCGACAUCCCGCCGCGUGGCCUUAAGAUGUCCGUGACCUUCAUCGGCAACAGCACUGCCAUUCAGGAGUUGUUUAAGCGCGUGAGCGAGCAGUUUACCGCCAUGUUCCGUCGAAAGGCAUUUCUGCACUGGUACACCGGAGAGGGCAUGGACGAGAUGGAGUUCACAGAGGCCGAGUCAAACAUGAAUGACCUCGUCAGUGAGUAUCAGCAGUAUCAGGACGCGACUGCUGACGAUGAAGGCGAUUUCGAUGACGACGAGGAGAUAGUCGACUAG